AUGUUUUGGGGUGUAAAAUUAUAAAAUGGAUAAACUAAAACCAUUAAGGCUAAUCUUAUACUCACUAACUUAUGUGGUAUUGGUACAGUUAGACUGAAUAAUAUCAUUAUUGCUACAUUGACAAUGAAAUAGGUUUGAUAUAAAUAAUAUAUUAAAAGCCUUAAGUUUUGAUUGAUUAUAAAAUUAAUGGAGAAUUUACAUUAUAAAGUGAAGGAGGUGAUGUUGACAUUUGUGGAUAUUAUGCUGACAAGAACACUUUAGAUGAAUAGGAUUUGUAAUAAUUAUCAAUUAAAGCAUAAUCAAUGUAAAAUGAAGAAUAGUUAGAGACCAUAUAUAAAGAGUAAUUAAGAAAUAUAUAGAAAAUGCUCAAAAAAUGAAA